GGAAAUGGAGCCUGGGCCUCCUGAUGUUUACUGCAAAGCAAACAGCUUCUGUCAGAAGCCCUCAUGCCUGCGCAAUAAUAAUCGUACAGGUCCACCUACUUAUUGAUAUAUGUCCGAUUCCUAAUGUGCAGAUAGCAGUGAUGGGAAAAACUAAAACGAGCUGCCGCAUGGUGAAAAUGCAAUGCGUUCGUGGAGGCAGUGGAAACACACCCUGCACAGAUGUAAGGUUUUAGCUGUGAAUCAGAGUCACCCAACAUUUGGAGAAGAACAGGAGGUGGAUAGAUGAAGAAAUUUCACUCACACACUUUCAGUGACUGUUUUACUUCUGGUCAGAGGCUCAGUGGAACUGAUCUCACAAACACUGGGUGCCUCUGACUUGCCUGUCCUCCCAUGUGUAGUCAAGAACAGGAAAACGUUGUUGUCUAAUCUUCUCUCACUUGUGAGAGGCAGCAGUUCAAAGAUGUAUGACAACUGGAUCGCCUGCAUUGUUGUGCUCCUCUUCUUUUUGGCAACAUUGGCAUGCUCUCACAACAAAACUGGAGGGAAAAAAAACCUAUACAUCAAAGAUAGGAACCUGGUAAUACACACAGUGAUGUCAGAUGCUGACAAUGCUUCUAUCAACUGCCCAGGUCUGGAGGUUAAUAAGGAGAAUGUUCAUAUUACUCUAUACAAGGAGACAGUGCUGCACUUUACAGAUCUCCAAAAGAGUCAAGUAGCAAACACCUCAAUGGAAAAGCAAAAGUUUAUUGUCCAUGUUAGGAAUAACACUGUAGAUUAUGUGAUAAACAUGCUUCAAGUCAAUGACACAGGCUUGUACAACUGCACAGUUGCACAUGGAGAUGCUGCCAAAACAAUCCGUACUUUUCUUCUUGUUACAGAGCCAGGGCUUCAAUCCGGUCCUCAUGAGGGACGGUCAGUGUUUUGGCUACUGCUUGCUGCAGGCUGUGGAUUACUAGCUUUGUAUAACUUUAUCACCACAAUUGUCAGCUGCUCCUUUGCUUGGAAACUCAAGCAUCAAGAUACGUUCCAGAAUGAUUACUUCAACACAAGGCCAAGAGAAUUCUCAAGAAUCAAAUAAGUUCAGCAUCUGCUCCAGUUUCCACCUCUCCUCUGACCAUAACAAUUCACCUACAACUGACCAAGUGACUACAUUCAGUCAUAAAGAAUUGUCCCAAUCAUCUAAGUAUAAUGUUGAAUCCAUGCUUAAGUUAUUUAAAUACUUUGUAAAUGGGAACAAUAAAAUCAUGAUUUCAAUAAAAAAAAAUGUUCAGUAAAGCAAA